GUGGGAAUUAAAGGGAAGUAAACAGUAAAAAGUGCUUCAAUUCUAUAAAAAGUAAAGAAACCAGACAUAAACCCCCCCACACCUUCCACCUUGCAAGAAAUGGAGGAUCAAUGCAGUCCUCUUAGCUGGGAUGUCUGCUACCACGAAGAGGGAAUGGAAGAGAUAAGGCAUUCUCUCUUGUACACGACCUUCGAGCUAGAGACAACACUUGUAGCAGCUAAGGAGGAGAUUACAAGAAGAGAAUAUGAAAUGGUCCGUCUCAAAGAUCUUUUGAGCAGGACCAUCAAAGAGAGAGAUGAAGCCCAGACAAGAUGCCAGAGGCUAAUGUUCGAAAAACUCAUGCUUCGACAACAACUACAGCAAAAUCAGCAGCAACUACAAGAACAACUACAGCAAAAGCAGCAGCAGCAACUACAACAACAACAAGAAGCUGCUUCAAACAAUGAAGAUGAAUCUAAAGGCACUGACUCUAGCAAGCAUUUUGCCUCUUCUGACUGCCAUGAAAGCAUCAUUGAAUCUCCGGGAACAUACCCAAUUUCACAACCAUUGCCACCAGCCGCCUUGAAGUUAGUUGCCGAGAAGCCGUUGCCGGAAAAAGGGAAGCUCCUGCAGGCAGUGGUAGAAGCUGGACCGCUCCUGCAAACCCUCCUCCUGGCCGGACCGCUUCCUCAAUGGCAGCACCCACCUCCCCAACUUAACUCCAUUGAAAUUCCACCGGUGGCCAUUUCUUCCCCUACACAGCGCCUUGUACACCAAGAUUCUCUCCUUAGUUUAAAGGGUUGUUUUAGUAACAAGUCUAAUGCUCUGUAAUGGCUCUGCUUCUUCCCCGAGAAAUGCUAUUUAGAAGAUUACUAUGCAACUGAAAUGAUGUGGCAGUAAAAAUCAACUCUUUUACUGAUUCAAAGACUGAUUUUUACUGCCACGUCAUUCUAAUUUAUAGCAGUCGUAUAGCAAUCUAUUAAAUAACAUUACUCUUCUUCCCCAAAACCAAGUCUCGAACUAUUGUUCUCCAUUGACCAACACCUACCACUUUCACAUAACUUUGCUAGUAUGCCCAUCCUUUUCAUACUUGUUAGAACAUGAAAAGGUAAUCAGCAUGAAAUGGAUGGUUAUUAUGCAUCAGGUUCAGAUUUUGUACACAAUUAUGUCUUAGAAAUGAAAAAUCCUAACUUCUCUAGUAUCUUGGAUGGAGACUUGAAUCUUCUUUCUUUCUUUCUUUCUUUUCUUUCUUGGUAUAUAUGUAACUACAGUACUAAUUGUAUAUGAUGUUAUAUAUAUAGUACCUCUGCAGAUAUAUUGGGG